AUGAACCACGAUUCGGUCAGCGCAAAGCCGCCACGGCAUUGGCAACCUCAGCCUCCUCCCUCAUGGCCAGGGCUGGGUCGCCCAGCUCCAGCAACAAUCGUUGCCAUGGCCAUCAUCCUCCUCGUCAUAUCCAUCUUCAUAUCCGUCCUCCGUCAACUUCUCGAACGCCGCCUCGCCCAGCGCAGAGGCUGGUUUCUCGAAACCCCAUCUGCACCCUCACCAACCACCAAAACGAAGCGCAAGAAGAAGGACGACCGCAAGGUCCGUCCUGUAUCCGAGCUCGAGAUCGAAGGUCGCCAGCUCCUCUUUACGGACACAACCACCCCCGGAGAGCGAGUGCCGCUGCGCGAUCCCAAUGCGCGGGGCUCUCUAUACGAUACUUUUCAGCUGCCUACAGAGCACGCAUCACGAUUAAAGCACGCCCGGUCUAUGAUGGAACUGAAUGGAGGAAAUCCGCUUGAAGGAGCUGAUGAGAAGGACGGUUCUAAAAAGGCCAAGACGAUUCAUUUACAUGGAGUAAACAGACUCAACACGGCGUGGGCAUGGAUGUCAUGA